GUGGUUUAUCAGUGAGCUUUGUUUAGAUAAGCUCAGACGAGUGAGCUGCCGAGAUGAGUGGUCUUCACUUUCAGUCAGAAGCAUAAAUGUAAUAAAAAUCGGCAUAUAAUAGAGGGUUUCUUGAGGGUUCAUCGGGUGGAUGAGGAGGAUUCAAUAGAGAUGGACCAAACAAUACGGGAUAAGCUGUCCAGUCUAGUUGAGGAGCUGACAACUUCAGGAGAGCCGCAACUGAAUCAAGACAAAAUGAAGGAAGUGAAGAAAAUUUGCAAAGUUUCCAAUGACUACAUUGAUCAUUUUUACCACUUGAUUAUGACCCAACUGAACCAGGAACAUUCAGAAAUUCGCCUCUCUGCAUUUCAAAUGGUCAGUGAGCUGUUCAGCCGGUCACAUCAUUUCAGAGUCCUCCUCAUCACAAACCUUCAGGAGUUUCUUGAACUGACGGUGGAAACAGACGUUGAGCAGCCUCUUCCUCCACCAAAAGAGGUGGCGAGAAAACUCAGGACUCUGGCCAUUCACACUGUGCAGUCGUGGCAUGCCACGUACGGAGAGGCGUAUAAGAAACUGUCUCUGGGAUAUCAUUUUCUCAAACAGAUUAAAAAGGUAGAUUUUCAUGAUGUUGAAGCAAGAACUCUUGCUGAGAGGAAGAGACAAGAGGAGAAACAGAAGAGAUUGGAAAGAAUUUAUAAAGAGAAGCUUGAACGAGCCAAGCAGGAGAUGGAAGAAAUGACAGCUGGCAUUGAGGAAACCUUGACCGAGAUGAACAACUGCAUAAAACUGCUCAUGACGGAUGACUUAAACCUGUUUAGUGAAGAACCCCCAACAGGUAACUCUUUAACUGAUGACACAUCUGACCAGCCCUGCUGCAGUCAAGAAGUCAUCCAUGAACAGAACGGACAGAAGGAUGAGAAAGAGGAAAAAGAUGAGUGUAGCGAUGACAGCGACAUGGAGGAGGUCACCAACGAAGAUGCAUUUAUACGCAGCACCGGUUUAAUAUCUCAUAAAUAUCAGCUGGAGCUCAGUGUUGCUACAGAUUUUAAUGUAAGGGAGACUGAAGAGAAUGAAGCGUUAGUAAACACCGUGAGGGAUCUGCAUAGACUCAUCAUAACCAAACACCUGCCAAUGGUGCAGUCAUGGAUUCAGGUUUUUACAAAGGUUGGUGUUGAGGAAGAACUGAUGCGGAGAGCAACUGAGUUAAAGUCGUCACUGGAGAAAGUGUUGAACAAACACGAGCAUCUUCACAUAGACUACAAAAACAGAGAGAGAAGAGUGAUGCGAGCUCCUGAGGAAGGAGAGGAGGAUGAUGAUGAUUUUGAAGAGGUGCCAGAGAAGGAAGGCUACGAACCGCAUAUUCCCGACCAUCUGCGGGCAGAGUAUGGUCUUGAUGAAGUUCCUUCAACGUCAACUUCUGUGGCCAAACCAAAGUCAUCACAGCCUGUGGUAAAGCGUCCUGCUCCUGCUGAGUCCUUUAAUCUCUCUCGACUGAAGAGAAAGAUGCGUGAUGAAGAGGAGGAUCCCACCUGCGCUGCUGCAACAUUACGUGUGCUCAAACAGAGACUUCAUGUAGCUCCGUCCACAAGCGAGUCCAGUGCUUCAUCUGAGCGCACAGCAGGCAGCAGUGAUCAGGGGGACAGGAGCAAAAAGAAAGCCCAUGAUAAAGCCCCUGUCGUUCCGUUUGGAAUGGAUCUUUACUAUUGGGGAGAGGAACAGCCCACUGCCGGCAAAAUCAUCAAAAGCACAUCCCAGCACCAGUUCUGGGUUCCUCAUGAAGUGGAGGAGGAGGUUGAAAACAAGGAAUUGUCUGAACAGAUGAAGUCCAGAUGCAUCACAUUCGUUGGUAGCUUCAAACCUGUGGAGCAUCAGUGCAAAGCACCAAUGGCAAACGGAUCUCUGUGUGAGCGUCAAGACAGAGUAAAGUGCCCGUUCCACGGAAACAUUAUCCCACGGGAUGAGCUGGGCAGGCCGAUUAACCCUGAGGAUGCCCUGCGAUUGGAGAAAGAAAAGAGGAAACGCGAGGAGGAGCAGCCAGAUUGGCGAGACCCAGAACUCAUGAGAGAGAUUGAGGCAGCAACUGGAGAAGAUCUGGGUUCCUCAAAAACAUUCGGGAAGGGAAAGAAGGGCAGCAAGGGCAAGUCAAAGAAAAAGUACCCAAACCUUACAGACUUGAAACAAAGUGCCAACACUUCCCGCUCAAGGCUGGAGAAGAAAGUCUUCAACAAGAGCUCAGUGAGACGAGUUACGGAGGUCAUGAACAAGAUGGACAAGAGGAAACAUGAGAAAUUUUCAAAUCAGUUCAACUAUGCACUGAAUUGAAGGAUACAGCUUUACCUCUACUGGCCAGUGUUUACAUGAUUACACAGUAAAUAAACCAGCAUUAAAACAACACUGUGCCUUAUAUGAAGUUAUGUAAAAUCUUUGAUGUAGGUAAAAACUGUAGAUUAACAUUUUAUUAUGCUUGUUUAUUUAUUUGUAUAUUUGUUUUGUGAUAUGUAUAAGGAAUGUAAAAAUUUAAAUCUUAAUACAAUGUCUUUUUUGCGUUAUUUGUAAUUUUUAUUAUUUUAAAAUAUUGAUGUACUUUUGUAUGUGAUAAAUGAAUGCUAAUGUUAUAUUUAAUGUUCUGUGAUAGCUGUAGUAAUUUUUUUAUUGGUUUUAUAAAUGGGAAAUUCUUAACA